CCUUUUAGUCAGGGACCAAAUAUUGGCUUAUUGGGGUGGUCAACUGAUACUUAACAGCGCACACUGCGCACUUAAUUGCAUUUAGUGACCACAAGAUAUCGGCAAGGAGAUAACUUGGUAACCGAGAGGCCAUUAUCCACAGAUUAUACACCGCAGUUGCCGUUGUCAAGUGAAGCAGUGUUGGUCUAGCUACGAUCUGAGCGAAGAAUGGGCGAGUUUAAAGUUACUCACAACUAUGUGUUACAGAAUAAUGUGAGAUACAUGUACAGCGGACUGCCGCUAUCGCUGAGAUACAGAGGAAGUGGAGACUACCCAAACUUUGACAUGCUCAGAAUCAACAGAGAAAACUCGGACUUGAAGAAACUGGUCCUCCAGUCUCACGAGUACCAGCGGCGCAUGAACACGUUCCUGAUCCCCAAGGCGCCAGCCUUUCGGAAGUACACAAACCACGCGGUGGAUCCCGUGGUGGACCGCCUUUUGAAGCCGACCAUAGCGCGAGAAGGGUUCUCCCCGGAAAAGCACUCCGACAAGUUCCGGUGUAAGGAGUACACACGUGAUCCGGACAAGUCCAGCUUCCCCAGUUAUCAGAAAUUACCGGAAGAUCAGGUGCGCGGGAUUACGUCACGGCUGCUGAAACCUACCCACAUGAGCACGCUGAAACAGCGCCUGCCCCCGCCGCCACUGCGCCAGGAUCCAGACCGCUCCAGGGUAGUCCAAAUGCACAGUAUGCCAAUCGUGGACGGAUGACCGAGACGUCUCAUAGAGAAUCAUCUAAAUAUACGCAACAACAACGACCGUCUUAUAAAAGAAGAAAUUAUGAAGAAAAAAAUAUUGUUGAAUCAAGUACCCGUGCGUGCAUCAACUUUAUAAUAAACUUCUAUUUUUUAUUCACUAAAUUCAUACCUUAAAAUUGGAAAAAGUAUUUUAUGCUCAUAUUCACCUAUUUUUAUUUAUUUCAUAUUUGUUGCAAUAUUUUAUGUUGUCAAUUAAAACAAUUGUAUACUAUGUAUUUAUUUCUUUGUACUCUUAAUAUAUAUUUCGUGUAAAUUAUGCUUUGAAGAUAAAUAUAUAAAAUAGA